AUUUCAUAACAUUUUUGUUAUUUGUCAAACAAGCAUACUUUUUUGUACGAUUUGCCGGGUAUUUUAGAAAUAGUUGCUAUUAUUCACUUGGAUUUAUUAAUAAAUGCUGUUUCGAAUAGUAUUCAGUUAUAAAACAUGCCAACAACUCGUAAAAAAGUAAUCAAAACUGUUUACAAAGAUGAAAACGAUAGCGAGCCCGAGGAAACGGGAGAUUUUAGCGAUUCGGGAUCCGAUGCCAAAAUAACUGACGUCUCCAGCUCAGAGGACGAGGAGCAAGCCGUGUCCUCAGGAGAAGAAUUUAAAGACGAAGAUCCAAAAAGUAGUAAAGCAAAAAAAUCAGCACCAAGAAGAAAGCCGCAAUUUGCGAAAAACUUCAUUAAAAAGAUUCGCGAUGAACCUCAGGAUGGUUCGGAUGAAAAUGCUCCUGCCGCAAAACCAUUCUCGGUAAAGGAUUUAACUGACGCUGAUAAACUGCUGCCUUCUUUCCUCAACCUAUCAGAAAGUGAUAGCAGUGAUGAUGAAUCUCUCAGCAAACCAUCAUGUGUACCUGCCAACACCAUCUUCUCAUCAGCUAAUGAUGCAGACAGCGACCAUGAAACUAAAAUGGAGUAUCAAGAUGUAUGGUCCAAAAACGUACCUGACAACAGUGAGGAGGUUGCUCAAAAGACUUUCAAAGAAUUGGAAAUCCACAAAACAAAAGUCGAAGAGACAAAAGCUUCAAUCCUCAAUUACACAGCCAAGAACUCCUCUGAGGCCUUUGAUGUGAAGGAUCUGUUGGCUCAGGGAGAGGUUGUGCUACCCACAGGAGUAAAAAAAACUAAAAAAAAGAAGAAACAAAAUGACAGUGAUUCAGAAAUGGAAGACUGGGAAGAGGUGAAAGAGUCAAAAACGCUUCCAGCUUCCGGAUUGCAGGUGAUAGUAGACUUCCCUGAUGCCGCCCACAGGAAAUCUAAAAAGAUAGACGUUGAGAUGAUGAUGAAAAGAAAAAUGAACAGAGUCAAAAAAGAGUAUCAAGUGUACAUGCACAAGGUUCAUGUUCUGUGCUGGUUGGGUCAUGGGAAUUAUGUAAGCUCAGUUUUAAAUGAUCAGGAAAUAAUGAGCGCCAUAUUAUCGUUAGUUCCUUCAAAAGAAUGCUACCCAAGUGAAAGAGUGGAUGUGAAGUAUGUUGAACAGAUAACAAAAUGGUUUAAGAACAAAAUAACUUUAGUACAAGACAAGCACGAGAACAAAUUCAAACCUAAAGCGCCGCCUCUUAAAGAUAUCUUAUUGAAAGAGAUUAAAAACAAGAAAGUUUCAACAAAGAAGUUCAUGUUCUUUAUUUUUGUCAGUAUGUUAAGGGCGCUCGGCCUCCAGUGUCGAGUCAUGUUCAACUUUGUGACAUUGCCAAUUAGACCGCCCAGUUCCGAACUUUGUUCUCUUUCUACAAAACUAAAAGAUGAAAAGAAGAAUGUGGAGCCUAAAACAGAAGAUACAAAGAAAUCAGCUCAAAAAAAAAGAUGCACAUCUAAAACAAAAUCAAAACAGAGCAUAGCACAAGUUGAUGGAAACUACGACAGUGACAUUAUGGAUGUGGAUGAUAAUUAUUAUAGUGACACGAACAUUAUGCAAAUUGAUGGGAAUGAUGAUGGUAAUAUUGAGACAGCAAAAGGUCGUAAAACUAGGCGAAGUAAAACGGCUUUAGCCUUGGAACUCACAGAAAAGGCGGAGGAUGUUUCACCACCUAAAAGAGCAAGGAGGAGUGCCGCCAAUCCUUUAAACUCUGAACCACUGAAAAGUGUAUCUGAGGAUAAAACUAUACCAAAGAGAAGAAACAGAAAAGCCAGUGAAGAUAAAUCUAAGGCCCAGGAGACAAAAUCAGUUGAAGUAGACUCUAAUAAUAAAGCUUCACCAACUUCUAAAACACUCUCUUUAAAUAGACGUGGCAAAGCUAUUAAAGAAACAAAAACUGAGACGAAAGAAAAUCAAAAUGAUGUCUCAAAAUCUUCACAAGAAAAAUCGAGUACAAAGACAACCCUAACUUCAAAACAACCUGAUCCUCCAAAAAUUAUUGUUACUAAUGAAAAUAACAAGGCAGUUAGUAGCACAUUCUUUGAAAGUAAUAGUAAUACUGGACUGACUAAAUCUACAACACGGAGCCGAUCAAAAACUGCUGACUUAAAAAACGUGCAGGAUUCUAAAGAUUCUGUUAAUAAACAAACUAAAUCUAGAUCAAAGAGUGCAGGCACUCCUGAAACAAGUAAAUAUUUCAAAGACAGUGAAAAAACACCCACUAAAACAACUAAAAGAACAAAAAAGGCAGGUAAAGAUCCAGAAGAUGAGCUAAGAGUGAGUCACAAGGAUCUCGUACCGAAGACAAAGACAUCUAAGAAUGAUGUGACUUCCACACUGAUUGCAAUCAUGAAAGACAGAAUGGAAGAGUCCAUGAAUAGUGCUAAGGUGGUUAAGAAGAAAACGAAAACUUGUAAAAUUCAAAACAUUAUUUUAACAGGAAAAUCAAAGACAAACAGAGGCGACAGCGACUACGAACCCGAAGCAGUGAGUGGCGACGAUUUCAAACCGACCAAGAUCAGUCCGAAGCCAAGUACGAGUCGCAAAAUAGAUCGUCGAGUAGUCUCCACGGACGAUGAGGCGCCCAGAGACAAGACGGAUGUGUGGUGCGAAGUGUAUGUUGAGGAGCUGGAACAGUGGAUAGCUGUCGAUGUGGUGAAGGGGCAGGUUCACUGCACAAAUGAGAUUUACAGCCGAGCAACCCACCCCGUCAGCUACGUCGUCGGGUGGGACAACAACAACUACCUCAAAGACCUCACGCGGCGCUACGUGCCUCACUGGAACACCGUCACCCGCAAGCAACGCGCCGAGCCCGUGUGGUGGGACACUUCUACUGUCCCGUGGAAGGGACCCAGGACGGCUCGGGACAGGGAGGAGGACGAAGCUUUGGACAGGAUGCAGUUAGAUGCCCCGCUGCCUAAGAGUAUUGCUGAAUACAAAAACCAUCCCCUGUACGCGUUAAAGCGGCACCUGCUGAAGUACGAGGCGCUGUAUCCGGCGGACGCGGCCACGCUGGGGUUCGUGCGCGGCGAGGCGGUGCACCCGCGCGCCUGCGUGCACGUGUGCCGCUCCCGGGACACCUGGCUCAAGGAGGCCAAGGUGGUGAGGUUGGGGGAAAAGCCGUAUAAAGUCGUCAAAGCACGCCCCAAGUGGGACAAGCUAUCCAACAAGCUGAUAACGGACAAGCCGCUGGAAAUAUUCGGGCCGUGGCAGGUUCAAGAGUACGAGCCGCCCGUGGCCGAGAACGGCGUCGUGCCGCGCAACGCCUACGGCAACGUCGAGCUCUUCAAGGCCUGCAUGUUGCCUAAAGGCACCGUACAUGUCAAACUACCGGGCCUGAACAAAGUGGCCAAGAAGCUGAACAUAGACUGCGCCCCGGCCAUGACGGGUUUCGACUUCAACGGCGGCUGGUCGCACCCGGUGUACGACGGCUUCGUCGUGUGCCAGGAGUUCGAGGAGGUCGUCACGCAGGCCUGGCUCGAGGAUCAAGAAGAGAUGGUGAGGCGCGAAAAAGAAAAAACCGAAGCAAGAGUCUAUGGCAACUGGAAACGGCUGAUCAAGGGUCUCAUGAUCAGAGAGCGGCUCAAACUAAAGUACGGGUUCCAGGAACCCAGCACUUCGGACAAGGCUAAGAAUUCUAAAGGGCCAAGAUUUGUGAUGAAGAAAAAGAAGUAAGGUUCAAUACUGAAUACUUACUGCAGAUGGCGCCACAAUCGGUGUAUAGACAUCAGGACAUAUAGUUCGGCAAGAGUCACUUGUCAUGCAGAGAGAAUCAUACUGUAUUUUUCUUAUGCUAGUAUUAUAACCCAAAAAAGGAUGAGUAUAGUUAUAUUACACUGAUUUAAACUUUCACUAUUUUUACUCAUUGUCAUUCACAACGGCGGGACUUAAUCGCGUAAAGUAAGUUUUAAAUUUACCUCCGACGUUUCGAGGACGGCGUUGUCCCCGUGGUCGAGGUGGGUUUUAAAACUUAUUUUACGCAAUUAAGCCCCGCCGUUGUGUAUAGUAAUAUUAUUCUACUGUUUCUAACAAAAGUGGUGGGCCUGGCCGUGUUUUUUAAAUUUUAUUUCAUUUUAUAAUCUCUACAUGAGAAAAGCAUGCAUUAGUAUAGUGGAGGUUUAACCCCAUGUUAAUGUUAAACUUACGAUUAUGUUUAGUUUGUAAAUACUUUAUACUGGAGAAUGAAGAUGUUUAACGUAAAAAUCUUAAAAUUGACAUUGAUUUGGCAAUAGUUUACAAUGGGAAAUAUCAUGAUAAUUUAUUGGAAAAAAGUGUCAAUUCAGUGCCAUCCAUAUUAAAUCUUAUAUGUAAUGAAUUCGAGGACGUUAGGUGUAUGAAAAAUACUUUUAUUACAUGUAACAUACAUAUUUGCUUACUUGAAAAUAAUAUAAGAUUUUUUCUUCGAAUUAAUUUCCCAUCCAUUAAGGUUCGGUUGUCCUUUUCACCCUGUAGAUAUUCUUGCUGUGAUUACAUUAUUCUAUAGAAUCCCGCUCGAAAUAAAAAGCUAAGUUGUGAAAAGUAAUAUGCUGUAUGUUUAGUUAGAUAAGUGGAGAGUGAAUAUACUGUGUACAAAACUAUAGUCUGGCAAACCAAUGAGGUCAUAAACCCCUAUGAUAUAUGUGUCGCUUAACUUCAAACUCGGUUAAAUCCAUUCGACCGUCUCAGCAAAUAUGUACCCUAUUGCUAGGAAAUGCAAACCGGUUUUUAAUAGUAUAAAAACCGGUUAAUAACCGGUUAUUGACCGAAUUUUCAUACAAAAACCGGUUUGCAUUCCCUACCUAUUACCUUUUCUUAAUACCAAAAUCGCAUAAUCUGACAGAUGGAUUUACCGGAUUUACCCGAGUUGAAGUUAAGCGAUAAUGGUUCCAACCAAAAAUGUUCCAAUUUACUUUGAACCAAACAAAAUUGUGUGGUCUAUGGUUUCUGUUUCUUUGGAUUUCGCACAUCUAAAAACGUGUUAUUUUAACGAUUUCAGCGACAUGUGCGUUAAGCUUUACGCGUUUAUUCAGUCCUCAUUUUGUCAGUAGAGGAGGCGCGAAUUAAAAAAAAAUGGCGCGCAUUGUUGAACUAAAAUUAUUUAUCUUUUUUACUAACACAAUGGUUUGCCAAACUAUAAUAACAUUGUUAACCGUUCUCAAGGUGUCACGGAUACUACUACUAGGUUAGCAUGUCAGCGCAAAAACGAUGCGUAUGAUGCUCAUUCCGAGAUAUUAUAUCAGUGAAAUCUUACCGCCUAUACACUUUAAUUAUGCUCAUUAAGUAUGUACUAACUUUCUAAAAUAGUUAUUAGUUGGUAUAGUUACGAGUAAAGGUAAGGUCACUCUUUUGUUAAUUUUAUUAUUUGUUAUAUCAUUAUAUGUUUUUUCUACGGGUAUUAUUUGAUUUUUAGUAAUGCUAGUGUAAAAUUAAUUGUUUUUUAAGGUUCAUUUGUUGUAAUUUAAAUAUUGAAAUGCUUGCAAUUGAUUACGUUAUGCAUGCUUUUUAUUUUUAACAUUCAUGUAAUGAUAAUUAU